AUGAAGAUGAUAAAUAUUUUCAACCCCGAAAAUAAUGGCUGGACAUUAGAAGAUAGUAAAUAUGAUUUUCAUUGGUUUGAUGGAGAUCAAUUACCGGGUUUUCUCAGCCACCUGCAUUUAGAUUGCAACAAUAAAAUUUGUAUAAAUGUGCAUGCAUGGUUUGUUUUGGUGUCAGUAGCAUCAAAAGAUCAGUUACAUAAAGACGUACAAAUUCGAUAUAUUAGGUAUGAUUGCAAGUUCCCGACGUUUCGAAUGCUAGAAAACAAUCAUGGUCAUGGGAGAGACCUUUUAUUU